GCUUGCAGUAAUCGCGUUGCGAUGACGCGCUGCCAGCUCCUAGCGUUGACUCGUACUACUUGAGCGCCCAGCCAGUAGUGCUUCACGUGCGCGGCCACGAUACAGGACGCGCCAACUUCUUUCUGCUGCUACAAAGUUGUGUUCACUCGCGUUUCACCGUGCCUCCAUGUGAUUAUUAUACCCCUACUCGUGCUGUGUGUACUGCGACGAUGCAGCGAUAGAAAAAAGAUUUCCUUCUGCUGCUGCAUUUUUUUUUAUUUUAUACGUCCUAGUUCACUUGACACGUUCGUUUCAAAGGGCAAAACAAGAGAGAGAAAGAGAGACCAGGAGAAAGCAAAGCCAAGACAUUGACACGUUUGAAAUAUAGUAAUCACGAGGCCAGAGGAAGGAGAUUAAGCCAGAUUUGUGCCAGCUAGUGACAUGUGUCCAUCAAAAACAGACGAUUAUGAGGAAAAGAGCUGAUGGAGGCGAGCGGGACCCCGAGGUCCCCCAUCGUCGACGAGCAGCAGUGCCCAUCGCCAUGAGGACGCUCAGGAGCCUCGAGACAUGUUUGAUAGUGCUCGGCUGGUGCUGGCUGGCGCUACCCCAGCGGGCGGCGGUCCAGGGCGCCGUGAGCUGCGGCCUCGCCGAGCUGGCCUGCCGGCGCACCGGACGCUGCGUGCCCGUCGACGCCUACUGCAACGGCUUGGACGACUGCGGCGACGGCAGCGACGAGCCGGCCCUCUGCACGCCCUGCAACCGCACCUACCACGGCCGCGAGGGCCGCACCUACAGGCUCGACCUGCCGAGGCCCGCCGAGGGUAGACUGCCCUUCCUCUGCCACCUGACCUUCACCGCCGGCGGCCAGGGCCACGGCGAGCUCGUCCAGCUGCUCUGGGACGCCUUCAGCAUCGGCAGGCUCGAUCCCGAGGCUCGCGACAUGUACACCAGCUGCCCCGAGGGUUCGAUGCAACUGGCCGAGCUCGGGCGACCGUUCACCGGUGGCUCCUGGUGCGGGGCCGGCGAGGGCCAAGCGAGCUACUACAGCGAGACGAGCACGGUGACGGCGUCCAUAAGGCUGUUCGCCGCGCCGGCCAGCGUGCCGUUCGAGUUCCGGCUGAGGUAUAGGUUCGUGUCGCGGCACGAGGCCAUCGCGAGGCUGGGCACCGCCGAGGAGCCGAUCGAGCGCGGCUCGCCCGUGCCCGGCACCUACUGCUCGCGCAACUUUUACGAGUGCUACCAGAAGACGUGCCGCGUGCAGAGCCCCAACUACCCGGGCGAGUACCCGCGCAACGCCAGCUGCUACGUGACGCUGCGCCAGAAGGAGGUGCCGACCUGCAAGCACGCCAUGAUGUCCGUCAAGACGAGCCCGACGGCCCUGGCCAACAACGGCUCGCAGGCCCUCGUCGUCUGGAACGACUGCCCGGAGGAGCGCGACCGGAUAAUCCUGCGCGACGGCUCGAGGAGCGAGGACCAGAUACUGCUGAUCUACUGCGGGGGGCCGCUGCCGCGCGUCACCGCCCGGGGCCCGGCCAUGCUCGUCGAGUUCCACAGCUCGGCGAUGGCCCUGCCGCUGGGUGCCUCCCAGCUGCGCGUCGAGCUCGAGACCCAGGUCGUCUACGUCGACUCGGACGGCUACGACUACGCCCAGACCGCCCAGGGCUGCUACUUCUUCAUCAACGGCACGCAGAAGCGCAGCGGCAUGAUGCGAGCGCCGCUGCACGCCCUGCCGCCCGGCACCAACUGCACCUGGAACAUCAAGGGCGCCUCGGGCGACCGGGUCUGGCUCUACUUUGCCUCCUACUCGCAGCACGACUUGCGAGGCCAGAGCGCCGAGAGCAACACGAGCCUGCUGCAAAUGCAAUCGGACCAAUCGUCGACGAGCCCGGCCUGCCAGGUGAAGCUAACCUUCUGGGACGGGGCGCCGGCCACGGGCAUGCCCCUGGCGGUGCUCUGCGACGAGACGCCUCGGCUCUGCGCCCACGCGGCGCUGCGCAAUCUCACCCGCAGCACCAGGCCUUGCGCCCCCGACGAGAGCUACCUCACGCUGGCGCCGAGUCUCACCAUCCGCAUGGAGACGCCGCUGGGCACUGCCCUCAAUACCGUCCGCUUUAACGCUCGCUACGAGUUCGUGUCGACGAGCCAAGGAGGCGAGCAAUGGGGCGAGUCGCCGAGCCAGCAGUGCUCGCGAAUCUGGCGCCGAGUGAAGGCCGGCGUGGUGAGCUCGCCCCGGGACGUUCGGCUGUUCGGCCGGGGCGGCUCGGAGCGGCUCGAGUGCCGCUACCGCGUCGAGGCGGCCGCCGGCGAGCGGGUCAAGCUGACCGUGCACAACGUCAGCCUUGGCGAGGCGGCCAGCUACUGCGCCGGCGAGGCCGACCCGCACUCGGGCAGGCCGCGCUGCGUCCACGAGGCCGGGGCGCGUCGGGCCAGCCUGACCAUCUACGAGGCGCCCUGGAAGGACGUGCGGCUGCCCCGGGCCUGCGUCUGCGACAACUCGUCGAGCUUGCUGCCGCUGACGCACACGACCAGCGGCCGGGCGAUCGAGCUCGAGUUCCUCAUCGACGGCAUGACGCCCGACGAGGACUUUGAGACGCUCUUCUUCAACGCGAGCUUCGAGCUCGUCAGGGCGCCCGAGUGCCCGAGGAAGCAGCGCCUCCGAGGCGAAGGUGGACAGCUGCGCUUCGUCUCGCCGCCUCUCUCGCGGCCCGACAUCUACUGCGAGGGACUGCCCUGGCUCAUGGAGGCGCGCGACAAUCGCUCGCUCUUCGUUCUCACCUGGGGCUGGCUGCUUCCGCUCGAGCCGCAGCAAGCGACGACGAGCCCUUCGAGCCUCAGCACCACGACCCCGGCCAUAAGCAUCGACGGACACACGGCUUCCGAUUCGUCUUCCUCGACGUCGUCGUUGACCAAGUGCCCGACGACCAAUCGACUGCUCAUGUACUCGGGUUGGCCUCCGAGACUCCACAAGGUCGUCUGCCCGGCUGAUCCCGAUUCCAGAGAGUACACCGUGCACGUCUAUUCCGAGGAAUGGCUCGGAUCUAACGGCAAAAUUUCGGAGCUGCAGGGACCGGGCCGCUCGCCUGCCCUACUGCUGGACUUUGUAGCGCGCGAACCCGGCGAGGCCGCGGCCUCCUGGCUCGAGAUCUCCAAGAGCCGCUCGGCCCUGCGCAGCCAACUGCGACUGCUGCCCGAGAGCGAGGGCCUGAACGGCAGCCUGCGCGACUGCCAGCACCGCUGCCCCGAGCUCGGGGCCUGCAUCGCCUCGAGCCUCUGGUGCGACGGCCGCAUCCACUGCCCGAGCGGCUUCGACGAGGCCGACUGCGCCAGUGGCACCAGACUGCUCGGCUGGCUCUCCGGCGGGGCUUGGUUGUUGCUGGCCGCCGUGGCCGGCAUACUCGCGGCCUGCGCCUGCCUAUUCGCCGUGCUCGUUGGAAGAUCGAAAGCCCGCGCGAAACGCCUUGAAUACGAGGAAUCAACGAAAAAGCCAAGACGAGCGCCGACGGAGGAGACUCUAUUAGGACCAGGAUCUUGACACUCGACUCCCGGCUUCGUGGAAUACAUCCACGUCGACCGGGAGACAACCGUCUAAGGCGUUCGUUCUUUCUUUCGUUCGUUCUUUCAGCAGCAGCACACAUACGUAUUAUGCAUACGUUUUACCUUUUCAACUCUCCUCGUUCGAAUUUUCGAGCUACUAGAGAUAUUGUAUGUACGUAGAUACACACACAUAUACGUACAAAUUUGACAUCCGUCCAACGUCAUUGUCGCCCAGAGAAAGAGAGGCGUAAGGAUGUAUAGAAAAUAAUAUACCCUGAAUUAUUGAGGCGUUUGUUACGAAAUAUUAAACAAAAACUUAACUGCCAUGAUUACGGAGAGUAAAAAGUUUGGCGCCCGUGUGUGUGUGUGUGUGUGUAACGGAUAUUAUACUAAAAUGUGAGAUAAAACAUUUGAAGAUACGGACGAGAUAAGAUUUCUUAAAUGCACGAAAAUACUUUCGAGUACAGAAGAAUCGUAAAGUGACGUACGUACUUUACAGACUAAUGUGUUUUUUUUUUCAGUCGAUAACGAAAACUCGUGGACUAUCAUUCAUUUUAUUGUGCCAAUAAUUUUUCUCUCCGAUCGUUAAUAAUAUUGAAACAAAAUUGCUUUGAACCUGUUUAAAAACUGUCCCUCGUUUAUCAUCCAACUCUACACGUCGCUUUACUUUUCGGCCUUUCAGCGAGCAAAAGAGAUAAAAAAUAUAUGUAUACUCAUCUCACACUCUUGUAGAAAGCUGAUAUAUUUUACAAAAUAAAAAACUUUGUACAAAAAAAAAGAUAAAGUAACGCAAUUAGAGAGCACCCUUUAUUCGAAGUAUAUAUAACAGUAAGUACGAUGAUGAAAUAUUGUCCUCUAACAUAUAGAUAUGAUGUAUAAUGAACCACGUAAAAUUUUUCAGGAUCUCGCUAAUAUCUUUUCAACAAGUCUCAAAAAAGAAACAUUUUGACGUGUAAAAGAUGGAUAAAAAACAGUUCAUUUGUGGACGCAAUUUCAUACAUUCCAAGAUUUAAUUAAAAUGAUUCAUAAAUCUUGAUUUCAUUUUAUAACCCUGUUGCCAAUUCUAUACAUCAGAGUUCACUCAAGCGAUUUUGUGAAAUAAUAAUUGAUUGAUAAAGCCUCGAUCAAAUUAUUUACUUAUUUUUACAUCUUCAAAAAUGUCAGUUUUUGAGACUUGUCGGAAAGAUCUUUGUAAGAACUUGAAACAAUUUUUAUAGAUGCGCGCACAGAUAAUAACGAUAUAUUUUUUCCAACUGCACUAGCAUUAUUUUGUAUAGUAAACGAGUAAAAUAAAAGAGAGAGUGACAGAAAAAUUCAUGUUACAUGGGAAAAGGAAAAAGGAAAAAAUGAAUUACACAAAUCGUGAAUUAAAGUCGAGCAGUGCGCGUCAAGACAAAAGGAUCUUUUAACGGGGCUGUGAUCGUAUAAAACAAAAAUAAAUUUACGCGUGAAAAAAAGUAUGCUUCUGAAACUCUCCUUUUUUUAUUGCAAUUAUAAACUCGCGUAAUAGAUAGUUUAUUCUUUAUAAUCAUUAUAAUGCACUGAAUCUUGUUUACUCUUUUAUUUUAUAGAACACGAAAGAUAUUUCUUGCGAAUUUAAUCAUCUAUCGAACUUUUGCAUCGCGUAUGAUUUAUGAAGAUAUGAAGAUACGAAUAUAAUAAGUUAUAUUAUUCAUUGGCCCGUUGACCUGAGUCAAUGCCUUAAUAUAGUUAAUAAUAUAAUCUACGAAGAAAAAUGGAAAAAUCAUCGUGUCUGUAUCAAUUGCGGACGAACUGUGCCAAUGACUAACGCCAUAAAACUAUAUGAUUGCGUAUUCAUAUGAAAAAGUUAAUCAAAAGAUUGACCCUGGCGAUACAUCAAACGGUAUAAAUAUAAAAAAAUGAAUGUAUCAUUUAUCGGUAGUUGAAAACUCGUAAAAGUCAUAAGUGUAAAUCAUAAAUGUUAGAAACAUAACUAAAAGAAAAAAAUUAAACUAAAUAAACAAAGUGCGAAUAAAAACCGUACAGUUAACCCUCGUUAAAGUAAAUGCAUAUAUUAAUUAUUAAUAUGCUAAAAUCAAUGAAAAUUAUGAAAAUCAAAUUAUGCAUAUAACAUAAAUAACUAUAGUAACAAAUAUGCAUAUAAAAGUUUUAUGAAAAAAUUCAUCAAAAAGUGCGAGAGUAUGUUGAAAUGAAACGAGGCAAUGUAGACGCUGUGUAUGAAUAAAUGAAAACUGCGAUGUUUUCGUUGAUGUAGAUUAAAAAUGAGUGCGAUUGUACAUACAUACCUGUGGUAAUGAAAAGCUCAAUUUGUUUAUUAAAAAUCGUACGUAGUUUUCCUUUUUUCUUACAAUUUGUACAUAUAUCCAGAGUCAGAUUCUUUUUGUUACUCGCGAAGAGAAAAGAGUAUCAUAUGAGUAUGUAUCACUGUAUGAAUAAAAGACUAAAUUAUUAAAAUGAGGAAUUGAAAGAUAUUAUUGGGUUGUAUAGGAUUUUUUUGUAGUUAAAAUAAAUUACAUUGCGGGCAGAGAACGAAAAAUAUGUCGUGCUGCCAUCGUUAAUUGAAAUACAUUAUGUCUUUACGUUCGAUAUUGGACAUUAAUAUAUACAGCUCUGUUUUUUCAAUGACGAUCAAAUAUAACUUUGUAUGUAAUUAUUUGAGGUAAUGUAAAAUUUUUGCUCCAAUUUUUUGAUAUAUUAUACAUAAACAUAUAUACAUUAUACACGUGAUUAAAAUAAAUCAAAGAGAGGGUAAAUUUUACCUAAUUUUUUAUACGACUACACCAUUUUUAAGCAAUGAGUAAAAAACUAGGCUUCCUCUCGCUGACGCGAGCUUAGUGUAGCAUUAUUAGACACGAGAAAUAAUUAAUAAACAGCUUCUUCCAACGGGUAUUAAAUGGUGCUUUGUAUAAACAUCCAUCUUUCGUUUAAGAUUUCAUUCGCUUACCUCUUGAAUCCAUCAAAUUUCUACUGCACUGAUUGAUUAAUAUCGAAUAACAAAAUGAAUUACACCCGUGAAAUAACCUUUAUCCGUCGAUCUCUCUCUCUCGUCUAUUCUAUUAACCUUAUGCUAUACAUAACUAUUAAAAUUACGAAAAUUAAUUCACUGGCGCUCAUAAGAUUAUAAAUGGAAAUAACCGAGAAAAGCAUAGUAGAAUUUGGCACGCGCAAGCCCUAUGCUAAGGUCGAAAAGAAAAAUUUAACUCAUUGAGAAAAAAGUUAAUCAUUAUAGUAAGGAUAAAUAAAUCGGUUUUAUUGCAAUAAUCACGUGACACUGACGUGUAUACUCAUUAUACACACGCACACAUACACAAACAGAUCGUAACGUAUUAUACAUUAUACAUAAUGCGGAUCGUUGCACAUUUAGAUGAUUGUUAUAAUAAUUUUUCGCCCAGCACAUAAUGCGCCAAGUACGCGCAAAUGGACAGCAGAUGCAUAAAUGGCAUGUAUCGGAUAAUAAAACCGUAUCUAUGUACGCGCAAAUGCAUUUGAAUCGAGUUGACUCGAGCCAGAGAGGAUAAUAUCCAUGUAGGAUAAUAUUAUUUGUUAACUCUGUCGCGUGGAGCGGAAUAUAUGUCUGACAGAACGAGCCAAGCGUGCAGCUUUAUUAGAAUGAAUUUCGCUCCGUAUUGACUGUCAUGUAUGAAUUUGCGCACGAUCGAUUGAUUUGAUCGUUUUUUUGUGGAAAAAUUAUCAUAUUGCUGCUUGUUUGCUGUUGUAAAGAAAAUGGAAAGAAGAAAAAAAACCAGCUUUUGAUCGUAUGUUGUACGUGUAUAAAUGUGCGCGUGUGAGCGAUGUACUUGUCAUCAGCAUUUUUAAUACAAUGUCAUUCAUACGAACUUCGAGAAAAAACAUUAUAAUAAAGAUCCAAUACGAUUUGAUGUAUAUAAACAUUAAAA